AAUAUGUAUGGUCUAUAUAUUAGCUUGAUGAAGUGAACAAAGAUCAUAGUGAGCAUCAGUAUGGCCACCCAAGAAACAUUGCUAGAAAAGUCUAGAAAAUCCAUUUCUAAAACAUUUUGGUUAAUCCUCUCUUUAGCUGCUAUCAUAAGCUCAUCAGCCCUCUCCUCAGCUCCCAAUGUGUGUGAACAUGCACUUGAUACCAAAUCCUGCUUAACUCAUGUAUCAGAAGCAGUUCAAGGUUCAACCAUGGCCAACACAAAAGACCACAAAUUGAGUACACUCAUAUCAUUAUUAACCAAGUCCACCACACACAUUCAGAAAGCCAUGGACACGGCCAAUGUUAUCAAACGCCGAAUUAACAGUCCUAGGGAAGAAAGUGCUUUGAAUGACUGUGAACAACUUAUGGACUUGUCCAUGGACAGAGUUUGGGACUCAGUGUUGACUCUAACAAGAGAUAACACUGACUCACAAAAACAUGCUCACACAUGGCUCAGUAGUGUACUCACUAACCAUGCAACUUGUUUGGAUGGAUUAGAAGGUACAUCUCGGGUCCUUAUGGAAAGUGACGUUCAGGACUUGAUAUCCAGGGCUAGAUCUUCUCUUGCCGUACUUGUUGCCAUUUUACCUCGAAAGGAUCACGACGAAUUCAUUGUUGAAUCACUGAAUGGGGACUUUCCAUCUUGGGUAACAAGUAAGGAUCGAAGGCUUUUGCAAUCAUCAGCUGCCAACAUACAGGCCAAUGCUGUGGUGGCUAAGGAUGGGAGCGGCAAGUUCAAUACUGUGACUGAGGCUGUGGCAUCUGCACCUGACAAUGGUAAGACAAGGUAUGUUAUCUAUGUGAAAGCGGGAACCUACAAAGAGAAAGUAGACAUCAGUAGUAGAAAGAAGAAUGUGAUGCUCGUGGGUGAUGGUAUGGAUCAAACGAUAAUCACAGGCAGCUUAAAUGCCAUCGAUGGAACGGGCACCUUCCAAAGUGCAACAGUUGCUGCUGUUGGAGAUGGGUUUAUAGCCCAGGACAUUGGGUUCCAAAACAGUGCAGGCCCAGAGAAGCAUCAGGCAGUUGCUCUCCGUGUCGGCUCUGAUCAAUCUGUCAUCAACCGCUGCAAAAUUGACGCAUAUCAAGACACUCUCUACGCACACUCCAACCGGCAAUUUUACCGCGACUCCUUCAUUACCGGUACCAUUGACUUUAUCUUUGGAGAUGCAGCUGUUGUGCUCCAGAAGUGCAAACUCGUAGCCCGAAAGCCCAUGAGCAACCAAAAAAACAUGGUCACAGCCCAAGGCCGACUAGACCCAAACCAAAACACUGCAACUUCAAUUCAGCAAUGUGACGUCAUACCAAGCACUGACCUCAAACCUGUGAUAGGCUCCAUCAAAACUUACCUAGGCCGCCCAUGGAAGAAAUACUCCAGGACUGUUGUGUUGCAAUCCUCGAUAGGUAACCACAUCGAUCCAACAGGAUGGGCUGAAUGGAAUAAUGAAAGUAAGGAUUUUCUCGAAACAUUGUAUUACGGAGAGUACAGGAACAGUGGUCCCGGUGCUGGUACUAGCAAGAGAGUGAACUGGUCUGGUUAUCAUAUCAUCACAAGUGCUGAAGAGGCAAGCAAGUUUACAGUAACAGAGCUCAUCCAAGGUAAUGUUUGGUUGAAGAACACAGGGGUGGCCUUCAUCGAAGGCCUGUAGAAAUGGACUUUAUCAAGCGCGUACUGAUAUAUUUCAGACGUUUUGCAUUAAAUAAAACAGAAAAGUUAUGCUAUAUGGCAGGAUGUUACGAUAAUCUUCUAUUAGUGUUGUAAUGAAUGCCUCGUGUCGAAAAUAAAGUUGUUUUUACUUUGCCGUAA